AUGGAGGACCCCCGUCGGAUCCGUAUUUUUACAGUAUCCCAGAGAUUUCAAGUGAAGGAAAAUUUAAGGGCUCUUAGACUUGGAAAGCGUCUAAUCUUUGCUGCUCUCUUUACAAUGGUCACUUGUGGUACUGGAGUAAUUUUACUCAUUUUUGAGUUGGUCCCGCCCAUUUUAUGUCAUUUUGUGGAGAAUUGUUUGUUCCUAAAUCCCUUCCUGAUAUGCCUCGUCACAAUGUACAGUAGUCCUGCUUUGCAGCAGGAAUUCGAAAAGGCGUUUCCCUCGUGCAGAUUUGUUAGGAACACUGAGAAACCAGAUAUUUCUGCGACAGUGGAGCCAAUUGUGGAUUUAAAGAAGAGUUUGGAGAUGGAGACUAACUUGUAUUUUAAGCAAUUGAGUGAUUCUUGGGUUUGA